CCUAAACUGUUUGUAAUAUAAAGCUGUUCUCUUGGUCUGUUUAAAGCUCUUGUCUUCAGAUGAAAGGGAUUUUUACGUCUAUAUCUAAGAAACUCGAUCAAUACUGCCUGAAAUAUAUCUCGAUUGAUUUGGACAUCCAUCGAUUUAGUUAAGAUUUUUUUGUUGGAUUAUCAAGUGUCUGUGCGAUUUGGAUUAUAUUUGUUUUUGGGAUUUAAUAUACCUAAUAACGUAAUUUGAAUUAUUGUUGUGAAAAUAUUUGUUAUUAUCAUCGAUUUAGUUCAGAUUUUUUGUUGGAUUAUCAAGUGUUUCUUCGAUUUGGAUUAUAACUGUUUAUGGGAUUUAUAAUUGCAUAAUUUGAAUUAUUGCUGUGAAAAUAUAUAAUCGUCAUGGCGUCGGAUAUUUCGAAGAGAAGACUAUCACUGCAGGUUGUUUCCACGCCAACAUCUAUUUCACGCUCACCAAAAAAUAACUCAGCGCCACCUAGCGCUCUUCGACGGCAACAUACAGUGCCAACGGUUGAUCGGAAACUAACGUCUUCGACUGGACAAAUGGGAUCCGAGUAUCGCCGCAAAAGUGCGAAUAAGUUGAAGGGUAAGACCAAACCAGGGGGCACGCCUGAGAAGUCCGGAACUCCGUCUGCUGAAGAAGAGUCUCAGAGUCCGUACCGAAAUGUCAUCUGGAACGAGGAUAUCGAGAAGCUACAGAUCAAGGAGGAGGACCUCAAACAGGUCCAUGAGCAGAAGAAACAGUCCCCAGGUGGAGCUCAAAAGGUCAACAAGGUCACUGUGAGGAAACUGAAGCCAGCCUCUGAAUGGAACAAACCUAAACCUAAAGUUGUGACUGUGGCCAGACCCGCCCCUCCAGAUGCUCCCCUUAAACCAAUGGACGUCUCAGGUUUUGCUGGUCCAAGAUAUGAUGAUGUGGGGAAUGUAAUCCCCCAUAGCAUUCUGGGAAAUUAUGACGACUUCCAUAAAGAGGCUGUGACUAGGGGUGACCUUCUGGACUUGCCAGCCCCUAAGGACCCAGGGUUCCAAACAUCUACACCGACAGUGAAGUACGAACGUAAAAAGAAGGUUACCCCAGUACGCGCUAACGAGAGCAAGGCACUGGACAACUGGCAGCAGAAGAUGCGUGAACGGAAAAAGCAACAAGGAUACAUCUCAAGCCUUCUACGAAAGAAUCCUGAGGAUUUAGCUAUGAAUGCCGCGGACAAUUACCGUAAGAUCCAGGAAGAAAGGUACAUAAUUGACAGGACGAUCCCGGCCUUAGACUACGGGAAAGGAUAUCGAGUUGGCAGUGAGUUUUGGAAGCAACAAGAACGUUUUGGGGACGAUAUAUCUGGUAUACAUAUGACCUUGACCCAGUCAGAGCGAGGCUACCCCCGCCCUAUUGAACAUGUUGGGAUUCCCCAGGGUGUGAGGAAUGAGAAGGGCUGGCAUUGGUCGCCUACACACACGACUCCUGUCCAUUAUCCCUGGCACAAGGCUCAGUAUCUGGCUGAGAGGAAGAGUGAGCUACAGCCAAUUAUAGACGAACUGGACCCCCACCAACCAGAAUUUGACGCACUUGAAGUGGUAGGUAGCAACCAGCCACGUGUACGACAGGAACGUCAAGAAACAGAGCUGGAAUUUACAGACAUUCUGGAUAAAUACCCCGACGAAGACGAGGAAAACGAAGAAAACCUGGAUCCCCUGAGGAAUCACCCGGAUGUUCAUCCCGAGCCAAUCUUUGGACCAUCCAUUAACUUCGCUGGACAGCCAGCACGCUGGACAGGUGAUGGAUAUAGUUUCCAGGAUCAGGUCGGCAUAGAGGCUCGUGUCACGUUCGAAGCAUACGCCAAGGACAGAGUGACGUCAUAUCUAUACAUCGUUAACGACGGCACGACGGCUGUGUACUAUGACUGGAAGAAAGUGCCGAAGGAUAACCCAUUUGAUUUGGUCCAUCAGAACGUCCAGCGCUUCUACUUCAACAACAGUAGCGGUGUUAUUUUACCGGGAGAGACGAUGAAGUUUCCAUUCGUUUUUAAGUCUCCUAGUGCUGGGGUGUUCCACGAACAGUGGAGAUUUGAGACACGCCCCACUCUCUGUGGGGGCGCGGCUCUCAUUGUCACUCUCCGGGGUAUCGCCCUUCAGGAGGAUAAAUUCCUCAAAGAGCGCGAGGAACUUGAGCGAGACUUACAGCAGAAACAAGCUGAACAGAUGGUGAGACAGGUGAUGUUUGAUAUCAUAAGUGGAAUUAAAACUCCUGACCGACCAAGUUCUCCCGUCGAUAACUACAUCACUGAAGAGGAAAUAUUUGCCCGUAACAACCCCAAGCUUCAUUACAACUUUACGCUGGUUCAGCAGCUGAAGCAAGUUUAUUUAGAGAUGGUCCCGGAGGAGGAAAGAGAAGGCCGAAUCUGGGAUUUGUCUGUGGAGGACCUGAAGGAGGAUCUGUUGGAUAUGGAUGAAGAUGACGAAAGAAAAGAGAAUUUCCUUCACCAGCUAAAUACGAACAUAUCCAAGAUGGCAUACACACCUCACAACCCAGUCAAGAAAAACCUCUACAAAGUUGGAUACCAGCUUCUCCUGGAAGCUGUGGACAAGAUGGUGAGCCAGUCGAUGCAGAUAAGGCAAGUGAUGGGUCUACCUGAACGAGAAUUGAUCGUCCUGCCGGAGGACCUCACCCUCUCAGAAAGGACACCAUCUCACCUCACAAAUCCGAUUGAAGGUGACUCAAGGAGCAAAUCUAAAGCAGAAAACAAAGUGAAGGCUCCACCAGAGAAAGGAGGCAAGGCACCAGCCAAAAAGGAUGAGAAAGGGGCAAAGGGCAAAGAGGCUGCAAAAGCGGAACCAAAAGGAAAAACUCCACAGCCCCCACCCAAGAAAACUCCCAGCAGAGGUCCCUCGGCCACACCGGGGCCGGGGUCAAUGAUGGCAGAGAGUCGAGAGCGGACGAUGACCACACCCACCAGUGUCCCCCACAGUCCUAUCCCUGAUUCUGAUCCUGUGUUGUAUCGGAAAUACAAGGAGAAACUUUACACACAGACAACCGUCAUCAUGGCAGAUACCCUACAAAAAAUGGAGGAUGUGUUUGAAGAUGUUUUAUGCAGUGAAGAUAAACCGCCUCUUUCUUUGUGAUGUUUCUAAUUUUUUUUUUUUUUUUUUUCUGUCAAUUUUAAUUUCAUAAAAAGCUGUAAAUGGCUUGAACAUUGAAAUUCUAUUAUACUAUGUGUAACAGCUACUUGAGAUAUAAUUCUGCAUCAUUAGGUAACUGUUAAUGAUACCAGUCCUCGUGUAAGAAUCAGUCUUCACCCUCUAUGACACUUGGAUAACUGUGACUGUGAUACUUAAAUUAUGUUAAUUAGCAUUAUGUGAUAUUAGAUUCAAAAUGUGUUGACUUUUAAAAGUUCACACAGGAAAUUGAGUUGUUUUUCUACAAUAGCAUUGGCAAAAAAAAUGAAACGAAUUUCAAAUUUUAUGAAUAUGAUGAAAUAAUUUUAAGUUUGCUGUUAAACAAAAGCUCACUUAUGAAAACAAGAUUUGUUACAUAUUAAAUAAAACAAAAUCUUACAAUAUACUAUGUUUGCUUUAUUACCGAUAACCGAAAAAUAUAAGAAGCAAUAUUCAAUUCCGUCCAGAUAUGAAUAUAUUUUAAUUUAUUUUAAUAAAUAGAUUUAAUUGUGAUAUAUUGAUAAAGUGUCUAUCGUAUUUAUCUGUUGAUCUUUAUUAAUGUGACCAUGCAGUUGCAUAUAUACAAAACUGUACCUGCUGACCCAGACUUUAAUUUGGAAGAAAAAUCCUCAUUUUUUAACCUCAAGUCUUCAUAUAAAUUAUCAGUAAAAUUUAUCAAUCAUCCAUAAUUAUGAAAUUCCAAAGUGUACACUAGAAAGAUCUGUUUAAACUAGUGUAAAAUAUUAGUUUGUGAUAAGGAGCGCAGAAUAUUGUUUAAAUUGUACCAUUUUGACAGUGGAACUUCUAAAGUGUUGACAUGAAGAGUUGUACAGGCUCAAGGAAGAAAAUUUAUAUUGAUGAAGACAUUCUGACCAACUCUCUCUAUUUAGGAGAAAGUGACCCAGUUUUAGACUCAAGAAUCAAGAGUUUUUCAUUGUUGCUUAGAUUAAUUUUCCAAACAGUCGGGCUGAUAGAGCGCAUUAAAAUCAACAUUUUAAGGUACAGGUAUUAGUUUGUGAAGGAAGGUCUGUUAAAGCUAGUUUUCAGAGACUGGAAAUGUUGAACAUCUGCGAUCAAACCAACAGGCAUUUUAAGAUGUUCAUAAGUGUGUGGAGAUGAAAAGAUGGACUUUAUAAUCCCAUAAACUAAAAUUGUUAAAGAAAAUGAAACAGAAUUAUCUCUGUUUAAGCUGUUUUGGAUUUAACUAAUGUAAAUGUUGAAAUGAUUAUUAUUCUCUAGAACCUUUCUGGACUUGAUCAGUGACCUUUGAUACUUAAUACUUAAUUACCAGCUAGGAAAAUUGAUUGUUUUUAAGAACAUAAAUUAUUUUAAUUUUUUUUUUUUUCCAAGGUUGUUCAAAUGAAAUUAUUACCUUGACCUGCUAUUUUUUUAUGAUACGGAGCAUAUGGACUCCUUUGCCAAAUUUGACAAUGAAAAAAUAACUUUAAUACACUAUAUCAUGAAUUUCUCCUUUGUAGAAUAUUCCACAUUUUACUGACUUACAUGUUAUUAGGAAUCAGUCAAUGAAAUCAAUAGUAUUAUCUUGUAAGUACACUGUAUAUGGUAUAUGUAUAAAGAUAUAACUGAACAAACCUUUGAAUAGUAUACAUAUAAAUAUUGGCAUAUAUCUGUUACCUUGGAGACAUAUACAAUUUACAAAUGAUCAAAAUAUGUGGAAUUAAGUCUGAAUAAAGAGAUGAAGUAUAAGUAU